AUGCGCCUCUCGACGUUCUCGUUGGCCACCGCGGCGGCCCUCGCUGCGGUCUCUGUUCAAUCCAUCCAUGCGGCACCGUGCCAUGGAAGUGUGACCGAAUCGACGACGCGCCCGCUCAUCUCGAGCUCUUACCAAGCUGAUGUGUUCGAGACGCCAAUGCUGGAGCUGCCCAGUGCCCCUGCGGCCAUGCGCUUGCUUGCCGGCGCCAUUCGAAGGGUCCCAUUCCUGGGAGAGCUGAGCGAGCCUCGUCUGGUGCAGAGUGAGCACAAUACCGCGAACGCAUACUAGCAGCAAAGUUCGAGAAGCUGACCCGCCCAACGCCGAUGUGUGGCUCACGUACCGCUACUGUAGCUGCGCACGAUCAGCAUCCCUACUGGACCACCGAGCUGGGCAAGAUGUAUCUUCGUUGGUCCAGACAAAACUUCUUCGACCUGACAGCCACGCUGGGAAGCGGAAUCGAGCCUAUUCGAUUCCCUACGACUGCCUCGAGCUUGGUCCAGAGCUCCUCUUUUCCCAACACGACAUAUCACGAGAAGCACCUCAAGGGUGUGUUUGCGGAGAUUUCGGAUGCUGGACCAAAGGAGAACCUCAAGGGCUUCACCAGCUUUAGAAACAGGUACUACCGCAGCGAGACUGGCAAGCAGAGCCAGCAGUGGCUCUUGAAGCUCAUCCAGGGUGUGAGUGGGUGCAGCUCUCUCCUUCGAAACGAUCGCGAUAUGCUCAAAGAAUGGAUCGCGUGCCCGAACAGGUCGUCGCCGACGUCCCAUACAUCAGCGUCAGAGAGCACAAGCACUCUUGGGGACAGAACAGUAUCCUUCUCCACAUUUCCGGCGCAAAAUCCUCCUCGGCGGAGCAGGGUCAUAUUGCCGCCGUGGCUGGAGCGCACCUCGACAGCACCCAUCAGAUCCCCUUCUUGCCUGCCCCUGGGGCAGAUGACGAUGGAAGUGGGACUGUAACGCUGAUCGAGGCUUUGCGUGCGCUCUUGUCCAAGGGAUGGAGACCCGUCAAGGACAUCGAGUUUCACUGGUACAGCGCCGGUACGUCUGUAUUCAAGGCUGAGAUCACGCAUACAUCAUGUCCUCUUGACACCUUGCUUCCCGCAAACGUCUAUUGUCAGAGGAGGGAGGUCUCUUGGGUAGUCAAGAGGUGGCUCAAGCGUACGCUGCCAAGGGUGUGCGUCCCAGCGCAAUGCUGCAGCAAGACAGUGAGUAGUGACCAUGUGGCAUUCCAUAACCGUUUAUUGCGAAUCGUAGGAGCUGAUGAACCACUCGUCAUCUUCCCAUUUCGCAGUGACCGCAUUCGUCAAGCCAGGCACAGAAGCCCGUGUCGGAAUCGUUUCUGACUUUGUCAGCACGCCUUUGACGGACUUUGUCAGGCUAUUGGUCAACACCUACCUGGAGAUCCCGCCCGUCGAGACCAAGCUGGGCUAUGCUGGAUCUGAUCAUGCUAGCUGGACCAAAGUCGGAGUGCCUAGCGCAUUCGCCAUCGAAGGUGAGAGAUAUCGUCAGAGCUUCAGCAAGCGAUCGUGCGAUUGUUCUCACUGACCCAUUUCGUCUUUUUCGUCUUGCAGCCACCUUUGAAGAUAGCAACCUACAACGCAUCCACACUACCGGUGGUAAGCACAUACCUCCCGCUCCCGUUGCACGGCGUUUUGACUGACCUCUCGCACUUCGCUUCGCGCACGAUCACCCGUUAGAUACCAUCGACGCUCCUGGCGUAAGUUGCAUGUCCAGCCACAUGCCUAAGAAAUCGAGCUGACAGCUUUGCUUCCAUGUUCAUCUGCCCUCUGCAGUUCUCUUUCGAUCAUCUGGUCCAAUUUGUCCGCCUCACUUCUGCCUUUGUCGUCGAGCUUGGAGGUUGGGCAGAGAAGUAG